AGGAAGUUAUCUCACAGGUUCUUAAACUCGUUAUGAACAUUCACUUCUGGUGGUGGAAACAUGUCUGGAUUCAGCCAUAUUCUCCUGAGCUUGUGUAUUAUAGGAUUCAUUUUCUGCAGUUCCAGCGCUUGGAAUGUAGAUCUGCCAAACAACAUUAAAGGAUUGGUGGGUUCCUGCCUCGUCAUCCCGUGCAGUUUUGACUAUUAUCAGUAUCCACCUAGAAGACCAGAGCGUGUGGUUUGGUACCAGUAUGUGAGCCAUGGAUAUCCUUUGGUUUACGACAGCUGGUAUCCACAUAGUGUCAUUAAUAUAUUUAAAGGAACAACAAAUCUAUACCGCCAUACAAGUAGUAAGACAUGCAGUCUAAGGAUCUACCCAGUGACUUGGUCUCACCACAGACAGAAGAUUUACCCCUGGGUAGAUCCAGAGAAUGUCGGGAAAAGCACCUACCGAUUCUAUGAUACAACUGUAACAAUUGAAGUAGUGGGCACUGCAGAGAAACCAGACAUUAUGAUCUCUGGAAACAGGAAGGUCGGACAGUAUGUGCAAGUGGAAUGCUCUGUUUAUCACACCUGUCCCACUGACCCACCCGCUCUGAAACUCAACAUCCCAUUACGAAGCCAUCAGACUCGUACCAUCAUGUCUAAUGCCAUGUACAAAACUUCUUUGACAUCCAUGUUGUACAUAGAGAAAGACCACCAAACUGUGGAGUGCUCCGUCCGGCACACUGGUGGUCUAAGUGCACAAAACUCCCAAACCUUAAAUGCAGAAUGCUCCUUUUCACGUCUGACUAUCAGCACUACAUCAGAAGAAUUUCUUGAGGGAUAUGCAAGCAAAGUAACCUGCACUGCCUCAUACACAUGCCCUAAAAAUGUACCAACUCUCACAUGGAACUACAUGAACAUGCCAGCCUCAACUGACACCAGGAACAUCGCAAAUGCUAAGUGGACGACUGUCUCCACGCUGACAUUCACUGCGUCAGCUAACGACCAUGGAAGAUCUCUGACAUGCUAUGCACAGUUUAGUGGGGGAGGGAGGCUAGAAGAGAGCAUCACCCUACGGGUAAAGAGAAAUAUGCUCACUCGUGGUUGGUCCUUCACCACCCCUAGCAGCAUCACAGGCAUGAGAGGCUCAUGUGUCAUCAUUCCUUGCAGAUUCACUUAUAGUAUCUCCCAGCCUUCUGACCUGCGGGUAAUAUGGUACUUGUAUCAGAGCAAUGGAUACCCGCCUGUAUUUGACCGAACACAGAGUGUGAUUAGUAAGUUUAAUGGGAUAACCAGCGUGAUGGGUUCUGUGAGGGAGGGAAAUUGUAGUCUUAAGAUCGAGAGGCUGGAGAUGUCACACAACCAGGACAGACUUUACCCAUGGAUAGAUAAGAACCCUAUUGCCUCCUUUCAUACCAGGGACCAAAUGCUUUAUGAUAAAACCACUCAACUUAUUGUUUCAGACCAUGCACAGGAGCCACAGUUGAGCAUCAGUGGUAUCCCCAGGGUGGGAGAGCAGAGCACAGUGUCCUGCAGUGUGCGCCAUACAUGUCUCUCCUCUCCCCCCACCCUGACCCUAAAUGGUAACCCUGGAGCCAACCUCCCCACGGACACUCUGGUAUCAGAUGGGAUUUGGGAAAGGACAGUUGAACGAACUUGGACCGUACAAGAGGCGGAUUACAGUGUGAACUGCGUUGUACGCUAUCGUGGUGGUCAGAGUGCCACAAGAGAGCUUAAGCUGAAUGUUGAAUGUCCAUACACAGAAAUCACAAUGGUUGAGCAACCCGGCGAGGCAACAGAGGGUGUAGCAACAAGUGUCAUUUGCUCUGUUUCCUACACAUGCAAGAAAAAUGAACCAAUCAUAGUGUGGAACUUUAGAGACAUGCAGAGUUCAUCAUACACCAAACCGAUGGCAAGCAAUACAUAUAAAACGGUGUCAAAUCUAACCUUUAUUGGGUCCCUGGGAGAUGACGGUAAACCUUUGACUUGCACUGCUAAGUUUUUGACAGGCAAGACCUCAGACUCUGCAGUCCUUCAUAUAAAAAAAUAUGUCAAACCAGUUGAAGAAAGAGAUCCACAUGAAAAUGACACGUAUCUGGCUGCUGACGUCCCUUUCAGAUUCAGCGCCCUGACCCGCUCCUGUGUGGUGAUUCCCUGCAGCUUCCAGUAUGGGGGGGAAAUGCUUCUCACACGCGGCAUCUGGUCCAAAAAAUCGGGGGGUGUUGUCUACCACAAUGGCCAGAGCUAUGUACUUGACCAUUUCAAGGGCCGCACCAGAUUAUUAGGAGACCUGCAUGAGGGAAACUGCUCACUGGAAAUUGAUGACAUCAAGCCUUUUGACAAUGGACCCUUCUGUUUCUAUGCAGAGAGAGAACAUGAGAAAUAUAGAUUCAACAACAGCUGUGUAUUUAUCAUUAUGAAAGCUUCCCCAGAUAAACCAGCGAUGACCCAGGUUCCUUCAGAGGUCGACGCUGGUUCGACUUUAGGUGUCUCGUGUUCUGUGACGCACACUUGUCCCUCACAUCCUCCAGAGUUCUCGUGGAGUGUCCCUCACCUCACCAGUGAAGUCACGCACACCUUGAUGUCACAAGGCACCUGGGAGACGACCUCCACGAUUACUUUCAUGGUCGCAGGAGGAGACGGAGUCAAAAGCCUAACAUGUACUGCCAUCUUCUGGCGUGACAAGCAACAAGCCAGUACUGUCACACUGAAUGUGAAGGGAUCACUGAUGUACCAGUUGAGAAGCUCUCUUCCGAUAUCCAUUCCAGUUUCAGUUUUGGUCCUAAUUGUAAUCAUCUUAGCCGUGGUGUUUGGAGUGGUCAUCUGGAGAAAAAGGAAGCACAAUGACAACUCACUGAAACCACCUCCUCGACCAGAGAAAAGGAGAUCACUAUGGGAUAGAUUAUCCAGGAGAUACCCCGAGGACAGGGAGAGACCUCCGAGACCAGAAAAACGGAGGUCCAUUUGGACCCGAUUUUCCAGAAGAGAAGAGGAUGUGCGUGUCGGUUGGCACAGUGAAGGGAAACCCAGGAAGUCUUUCUGGAGCAGGUUUUCAAGACACCAAGGCAACACUGCAGACCUCAGUGUGGGCUAUUUGUAAGUGUUCCUCAACUACAUCACACAGGCCCAACAUUUUCCUCUAAUUUGUUGCAGGAUUUCCAAAUGUUUGGCAACUUUUGAGUUCUUCAUGACAUCAAGGAAAUAUCACAUGCUUACAGGACAAUGUUGCUUUUGUUAUUUUAGAUUAAUACGAAUGCUGUACAGUACCUGUGUUUUUGUAUGUUUGCGCUUGCAUUUAAACUUCAUUUAAAGAAUGUAUAAUGACAUUUAGCUGCCACUUUACUGAAUUUACCCAUCUUUUAAAUAAACAUUAUGAUGAAUAUGCUCUUCUGUCACCUUUUCUGAAAUGUAUUUUCAC